CUAGCGCAGUGACGUCACGGCGGCCCGGUGCUGCUUCUUAGAAUAAAAAGAAGCGGGGAAGAGAAUCCCGAGCAGCACUGCAAAAUGUUAGAUUCUCUUGCUUUGCUCUUGGAGAAAACAUUUCUUCUCGCGCAUUUUAACUUUUUCAGCCCAGCUUCACCUAAACAAGAGAGAUGCGCAAAGCGCCGCGAGGACAGCACUUAUUACCAGCGCGGGGAUCUGCUGGAGGUUCCUCGCACUUUGUUCACUCAUUUUGGCAUUUAUCUCGGUGACAACAAAGUCGCGCACCUUAUGCCUGACAUACUACCGGCUCUCAAGACCAACAAGUCUCAAAUCCAGAAAGUUGUGACGAACAAGAGAUUGCUGCUCGGUGUGCUCUACAAGUACGCUUUGGUGCGGGUCGACACGGUGGAGGAUUUUGCUUACGGGUCUCCUGUUUUGCUCAACACGAUGGAUACUAACGUUACCCUGAGAAGACAGCCACUGGCCGCUGAGGAGGUCGCCAGAAGAGCCGAGAAACUUAUCGGUCAUUUUCCGUAUAGUCUUCUAUGGAAUAACUGCGAACAUUUUGUCACGUACUGCCGCUACGGGACAGCGGUCAGUCUGCAGACCGAGCAGUUCUGUGAAAGUUUAAAAUCAGUAAUCCGGGACCAGAGGAGUGUUCUUCUGACCACUAUCAUCGGAAUGCUUUCCAUGUUUUUUCUUGGAAUAGCGCCGUCCACCGCACUUCCAACCUUUAUCAUUCCUUUCAUCUUGUGGAUGGCUGGAUAACAGACACUUCAAAUCUAAACGCUUAUGAACU